AUGCGCGGCAUCACCUUGCCCCUGGCUGUGUUGGCCACCUCGUGGGCCUCUGUGGCCCAAGCAUCCUCGCUGUCUCAAUACGCUUUGCAGAAGGUCCUCGAUGAUGCCUCCCCUAUUUUCGGCUCCUAUGUCAAGCAAUCCAAUAGCAAGACAGAAUGGAUGAAAUCCUACUCUGAUGAUACCCUUCUGGUUCACAUGAACAUCCCUGGCACCCACGACAGUGCGACCUGGAACUACACCCAAGCCACGCAAGAUGUGAUGCGCGGUAUCACCGACCUCAAUCAAGUGACUCUGCCAGUUCCUGAGGCACUGCGCUGCCAAGAGCUGCCCAUGAUUGAUAUGCUCAACAUGGGUAUUCGAGCAUUCGAUCUUCGCUACGCUUUCGACCCCACGAACAGCACCAUCAUCUUCUAUCAUUCUCAGGGGCUCCUGUCAGAGACUGCGACUCUAGAUGAUGUUCUGUUCGGUUUCUACAAGUGGCUCGAUGAUCACCCCUCAGAGACUCUGUUCUUGUCCAUGCAAUAUGAAGGCUCGACUGCCAAGUAUGCAUCCAACGAUGCCGCACUUCAGCUGAAGCUCUACAACGCUUUGACCUCUCCCGCUGCCCGACAGUACUUUGUCCAGACCAAGGACCAGCUGGGAACUCUGGGACAGGCCCGUGGAAAGAUCACCUUGAUGCGUCGUUUUGACCUGGACCAGUUGUCAUCUUCCUACACAAACUCCCUACCGGGUCUUCACUUCUCGCCCAGCUUGUGGACGGACAACAGUCCCGACAUUGUUUUGACCUAUAACACGAAGGAGAACUUGACCGCUUAUAUCGAGGACUACUACGAGCCUCUUACUCCCACUGGUUCAAAUGCCACCGAGAACAUCCAGUGGAAGUACAAUGCUACCACAAAGAACAUUCUCAAGGCUACCACUGAAUACCCCAACAGUCUGUUCUGGACGUGGGCCUCCAGCACGAACACCGACAAUGCGCCCCCAGAGUGGCCUCGGAUUAUGGCUCUUGGAAACGGCACAUUGACCCCCGCUGGUGGAGUCAAUCAACUUCUUGUUCCUUUCCUGAAGCAGCAGAAGGGCAAGCGUGUUGGAAUCGUGAUGUUUGACUUUUUUGACCAGCCUUCCAAGCUGAUCGAAACCUUCUUGAGCCUGUAG